UGGAUAAUAUCCUAGUGAGGUUGUCCAAAUUCGUUUUCUGCUGAGAUUAAACAGAUAGGUUUAAAGUCAAAAUAAAAGAACGCGCUAUAUUGUAAACACUACACGUAUAUGAAUAUAGAUUAUUGACUGGCGCGCUUUUUCAAACUUAGGCCUAAAGAUAAAAUGGAAGUAUACAAUAACUUUAGAAAUCUUAUGACGAAUAUUAACCUCUAGAGACACCUGCGCUAAGCUUUACACGGCAACCAUCCAUUCACGCGAAUCAACAAAAAAAAUUCUCACAAUUCAAAUAAUCGUAAUCUCAAAUGACAAAAUCCCAAACCUUGGUUAAAGUGAAUGGUACAGUAUGCUCUCUGUUGGGAGAAGGUGUUGUGGCUCUCUUUGGCCCAAGUUCCAUUGCUUCCAGUGCCUUAGUUCGGUCAAUAGCAACGACACUACAUAUACCCCAUCUUGAGUCUCACUGGGAUGUGGACAAAGGGCAGCAGAGUUUCACUAUAUCACUUUUUCCAAGAUCAUUAGGAACAGCAAUUUAUCAUUUAGUUGAAUCCAAGAACUGGCGUUCUUUUACCAUCAUUUAUGAAUAUGCUGAGGAGUUAAUGAAACUUCAAGAGUUAAUGAAGCUAAGAAAUCAAAACAAAGUUCAAAUUUCUUUACAACAGUAUACAGCUGACUUUCAGUAUAAUAAAAUUCUCAAAGAUAUCAAAAAGAAAGGAGAAACCAAUAUUGUCUUAGAAGUUCCAACAUCAAGAAUUAAAGAUGUUUUGACUGAAGCUCAAAAAGCAGGAAUGUUGACAGAGUACCACAACUAUUUAGUAACAUCAUUGGAUUUCCAUACUCUAGAUUUAUCAGCAUUUCAACACAGUCGGACAAAUAUCACGGCAUUUCGAAUUGUUACAGCAGACAGUCAAAGCUAUGGAAUACAUCCUUAUGGAAGAAAAGAAAAUUCUCUAAGAAAAGGAUUGCCUCUAAAGACUGAAACAGCUUUGCUUGUUGAUGCAGUAAACUUAUAUGCACGAGCUUUGCACAGUGUGGCAUCACAGCAAAACAUUGCACCUCGUACUGUGUCUUGUGAUAAUCCGUCUAUUUAUCCAUAUGGUUUGGAUCUCAUAGACAGUAUUCAAAAGAUACGCAUGAAAGGUGUAACAGGUGAAAUUCAAGUGGAUAAUCAGGGACGAAGGAGUCAUUUCAGUCUUGAUCUUCUAGAUCUGAAGCCGAAGGGGAUCGUCAAGGUUGGUGAAUGGAAUCCCAAGCAACAUUUAAUAUUUACAGGAAAUUAUUCAAAAGACCUUUCAGAUGUAAAGGAGAAUUUGCAAAACAUACGGCUACGUGUUACUUCCAUUCUGAGCAAACCAUACACGAUGGAAAAGAAAGGAGAAUAUCUUCAAGGAAAUCAAAAAUAUGAAGGAUUCUGUGUGGAUUUAAUACAUGAAAUUUGUCAAAGACUGAAGUGUCAGUAUGAUUAUAGAAUUGUAGCAGACAAGAGUUAUGGAAACAGGCAAGAUAAUGGAUCUUGGAAUGGUAUGGUUGGAGAAGUAGUAAAUAGGGAAGUUGAUUUAGCAAUUGGAGAUCUCACCAUUACACUUGAACGAGAAUUAGCAGUUGAUUUCACAAUGCCAUUUAUGAACCUUGGAAUUAGCAUUUUGUUUAAAAAACCAGUAAAAAGUAGUCCGAAACUUUUUUCUUUCCUUGCACCUUUCUCAUUUGAAGUUUGGGUUUAUAUGGCAACAGCUUACUUGGGAGUAAGUUUAUUGCUUUUUGUUUUGGCUCGCUUUUCACCAUAUGAAUGGGUGAGUCCUCAUCCGUGCAAUCCUAAAACUGAAUAUUUAGAAAAUACAUUCUCCUUACUCAACAGUUUUUGGUUCACCAUUGGCUCACUUAUGCAGCAAGGUUCUGACAUUGCCCCAAAGGCAACUUCAACUCGCACUGUGGCAGCCCUCUGGUGGUUCUUCACACUUAUAAUGAUAUCUUCAUAUACUGCAAAUCUUGCAGCUUUUUUAACAGCAGAGAGAAUGAAAAGUCCAAUAGAAAGUGCUGAAGAUUUAGCUCGUCAAUCUGAUAUUCAAUAUGGAUGUGUAAAAUCUGGUUCAACAAGAAAAUUUUUUGAGAAUUCCCAGCUUCAACCAUAUAAAAGAAUGUGGACUGCUAUGCAAUCUGCUCAACCAGGAGUAUUACUUACUAACAAUGAUGAAGGUAUAGAGAGAGUAAAAAAAGGAAAUUUCGCUUUUCUUAUGGAAUCAACAACUAUUGAAUACUAUACUGAAAGAGACUGUGAAUUAACACAAAUAGGAACGCUUCUAGAUUCUAAAGGAUAUGGUAUUGCUACUCCACCUGGUUCGCCUUAUAGAGCUUUAAUUUCAAGUGAAAUCUUGAAGUUACAAGAAGAAGGCUUUCUCCACAAGCUCAAAGAGAAAUGGUGGAAAAAUCCUUCCACAUGUAAAGACGAUGAUAAAAAGCCUUCUUCUGCCAGUGAAUUAGGUUUACCUAACGUAGGUGGUGUUUUUGUUGUUCUUUUGGCUGGGUUAGGAAUGGCAGCGAUAAUUGCAGUUUUUGAAUUCAUCUGGAGAACAAAAAAGAUUCCAAGAGAUGAACGUAGAAUGAUAUUAGCAGAAAUGCUAAAUGAAUUACAAGAUAUCUGCAGAUGCCGAGGUUCAAGCCGUCCGGCCCCUAACUAUUUGGAUGGGGACUUCACUCCAGCUAACACAGAGAGUGGUUUUGUACUUCAUUCAACCACAAGCCAAGACUUUCUCUCAUGACUGCUAACUACAUUGUUAGAUUGACUCUGUAUUUUAAUUUCUUUUAUAUUUACUUGACCAAUGUUUGACUGCAUUAGAAACAUUCACUACUUACAACACAGUAUUCCAUUUUAAACUACUCAAAUAUGAACUGAGAUUUUUUUAAAACAUUGAAGCCUUGUAUUCAAUGUAUAUUGAAGUGCAAUAUUUAAUACAGUACAUGUAGAAUUUCAAUAUAACCUGCAAAUUAAACAUAAAUGUAAAAUUUUAAUUAUAAAUAAAGUUUUGUGAAAGUUUUUAAACAAA